CACAGCCCACGAACAUCUAGCAACAUGAGGGCUCUAAUAUGCUCAGGGCCUGAGUCAGAUACAGACACCUGAGUGUGACACACUGUUUCUCCCAGGGUUUUCCUGUGCUGCCAGAUAACAGUUCUGCUAGUCUUUUGAGGCCACUGAAGAGACAGGCCGAGAGGUUUCUUCACAGUCUUUCUCCCUCCCACCUCUCACCCAGGCCCGAAGGUCAUGCCCUUGCUUAGGCCUCCUGGCAGUAACAGAUAGCAUUUUUAAGAGGGUUACUCCCAGUGGCUGGUCCCCGAGAUACCAGCAGGAAGGGAGUAGGAGAGAAGAAAGCUGUCAGAGCAUCCACAGCAAAGAGACAUUUUGCUCUUUAUAGAUUCUUAAGCCAAGAAGUAUUCCAUAACUUUCCGUCUGGGAGCAGAUUUGAAGGAGCCCAGAAGCAACAGUUCAAGACGGGCGUUUCCUGUGCUCAAGAGGAUAAGAGCAGCCUGCAGCUAUGGGACAAGGCUUGGGUAUCAAGAGCUGUGACUUGCAGGCAGCAAAAAACAAUGAGGAGCAUCACACCCGGGCCAUCAGCUCCCAGCGCCUCAUAGUGCGAAGGGGCAAGUCCUUCACCAUCACCCUGCACUUCCAGUCCCCCAUCUCAGCGUUCCUGCCUGCCCUCAGGAAGCUAGCCCUCAUUGCACAGACUGGACAGCAGCCCUCCAAGACCAACAGGACCCAAGCCAUAUUCCCAAUUACCAGUCUGGGGGAUCCAAAGUGGUGGAGGGCAGCAGUAGAGAAGAGAGAUGCCAGCUUCUGGACCGUCGCUGUGACCACACCUGUGGACGCUGUCAUUGGCCACUACUCACUCCUGCUGCAGGUCUCAGGCCAAGAGCAGUAUCACUUGGGCCAGUUCACACUGCUCUUUAACCCCUGGAACAGAGAGGAUGCUGUGUUUCUGCAGAAUGAGGCUCAGUGCCAGGAGUACGUGUUGGACCAGAAUGGCCUCAUCUUCCUGGGCACAGCUGACUGCAUCCAGGAAGAGCCCUGGGACUUUGGCCAGUUUGAAAGUGAUGUCAUGGACCUCAGCCUGGAUUUGCUGGGCGUAGACAAGCAGGUGGAGGAGUGGAGCCAGCCUGCACAUGUGGCCCGGGUGCUGGGUGCCUUGCUGCAUGCUAUCAAGGAGAAGAAGGUCCUGCCCACCCCAAAGACCCCUUCCGCCCAGGAACAGGUUCUGCUGAACAAGCGCCGGGGCAGCGCGCCCAUCCUGCGGCAGUGGCUCACUGGUCAAGGGCGACCUGUAUACGAGGGCCAGGCCUGGGUGCUGGCUGCUGUCACCUGCACAGUGCUGAGAAGCCUGGGAAUCCCAGCCCGUGUGGUCACCACCUUCGCCUCAGCCCAGGACACUGGUGGAAGCCUGCUAGUGAACGAGUACUACAAUGAGGAGGGGCUGCAGAAUGGAGAAGGCCAGAGAGGUCGCAUCUGGAUCUUCCAUACUUCCACAGAGUGCUGGAUGACCAGGCUUGACUUGUGCAAGGGUUUUGAUGGAUGGCAGAUUCUGUACCCAAAAGUUCCGAGUGGAGGUGGAGUCCUGAAAGCCUGUGACUUGGUCCCUGUGAAAGCAGUCAAGGAGGGGGCCCUGGAGGUGACGCCUGCAGUGUUAGACCUUUUUGCUUCAGUAAAUGCUUCAUGUGUGGUCUGGAAGUGCUGUGAGGAUGGGAAACUGGAGUUGACCAACUUCAACACCAAAUAUGUUGGGAACAACAUCAGCACCAAGGUUGUGGGCAGUGACCGCUGUGAGGACAUCACUCAGAACUACAAGUACCCUGCAGGAUCUCUUGAAGAGAAAGCGGUGCUGGACAGAGUCCAGAAAGAAAGGAUAAGGCACAAGAAACACAGCAGCAUCCACCCCCCGAGUUGCGAACUGGAUGACCCACUGUACCUGUUCUUGGAAGCGCCCAGCUUCCUUCCCCUGGGAGGGGACGCCAAGCUCUCAGUGACCCUGAAAAACCCUGGUGACCAGGAAAAGGCGGUGCAGCUGGUCAUUGGGGUCCAGGCAGUAUACUACAAUGGAGUCCUUGCUACUGACCUCUGGAGGGAGAAACUGUCCCUGAGGGUCAGCGCCAACAAGGUUCAUCAGAAAAACAUCAUUCUGUCCUCCUCCUCUUUUGAACAAAAUCUACCUGAGAACAGCUGCCUCAGACUCACUGUGGUGGCCACGCACUCUGCCUCCAGCCUGAGCUGCUUUGCUCAGGAGGACAUCGCCAUCAGGAGACCACACCUUGCCAUCACGAUGCCAGAAGUAACCCAGCAGUAUCGACCUCUCAGGUUUGAAGUCAGCAUCCAUAACUCCUUAGAUUCUGCCAUGAAGGACUGUGAGAUGUCCAUCUUUGGAAGGGGGCUCAUUCACAGAGAGAAGAGAUACAGAUUAAGUCCAGUCCGGCCUGGAAAAACCUUGUGCAGCUGGUUCCAGUUCACACCAACACAGCUGGGGCUUCACCGGCUCACUGUGGAAAUGGACUGCGACAUGUUCCAGAACCUCACCAGCCACAAAAGUGUCACCGUGGUAGCCCCUGAAUUUUCGGCUUAAAUUUCCAGCUCCAUCACUACUCUUGAAACCAACUCUUGAAACUAUAAGCUAGGGGCUGGGGAUUUAGCUCAGCAGCAUAAACGUCUGCCUUGCAAGCAGGCAGUCAUGAGUUCGAUCCCCGGUACUGAUAAAAAGGAAAAAGACAAGGAAAAAAAAAAAAAAGAAAGAAACUAUAGGCUAAAACUAAACACACGCUGGGGAAGGGAACCUUGUUUAUCAGACAAAUGGGUCUCUAGGUUGAGUUACCAACAACAAAGCUAGAUCCUUAGAAAUCAAUAGAUAAAUGUGCUCAUUUCUGUCACCUCAGCCACUGAGAAUAGUUGUCUUAGAAUAGAAGCUACAAUGCUUGAAUGACAAAAGCUUUUGAUAAGGUAUUCAACAACUUUUCAAAAUAAUGUAAUUUUUUUGAAGCCGGGUGUGGUGGCUUACGCCUGUUAUGAGUUUGAGACCAGUGUGGGCUACAAAGUGAGCUCAAGGCCAGCUUGAACUGUAUAGCGAGACCCUGUCUCAAAAAAAACAAAAAGAAAAAAAAUCAUUAUUUUGCUCCUUAACUACCGUAAGGGAAAUGGCCUAAUAUAGUAUUUAGAUCAUUUGUCUAUUUCUAGUGAAGUAAGAUGGUUGUAGCUAACAGUGGGAAUUUUAGGUGAUCCUAAUGUUACAGUGACUUUUAUCCUUAAAGAUCCAAAGAUGGACCGAACAAAGGUUUAAAAUACACAGCACAGGACUUGAGAGCAGAAUGGUCUAGUUAGCUGCGGACAAACUUUUACUAGAGUUCUCCAUUCAUUCAGGAUACCACAACUAAUGUUCCAGUAGAGAAUAUAAAAAUUAAGUAUAAAGAAAAUCCAAUAACAAAGGGUAAAGAACAGUUUUUCUUUCAAACAAAGCAAGGAUUUUUGUUGCUGCUGCUGUGUACAUUAUUCUGUUGCUUGGGCAUUGUGCUAGUUUAAUUUUAGCUGUGGAAACGGACUGCGACAUGUUCCAGAACCUCACCAGCCACCAAAGUGUCACCGUGGUAGCCUCUGAAUUUUCAGCUUAAAUUUCCAGCUCCGUCACUACUCUUGAAACCAACUACUCCUUCUUUUUAUGACACUGAUUUAAAGCACAGGUUGAUGCCCUUAAAAAAUAGGUUAAAACUCAUGUGGCUUAAGGAACUUCAAUUCCAAAUCUACACUUGUUACUCCAAAGAAUGACUCGGUGCUGACUAUGCCUAGAGAAAUCAGGAAGACAAAUGCAGAAGGAAAAGGCCUGCAGUGCAGUGCAGUGCAGGGGUGGAGACUGACCUGCGGUGUGGACGGCCCCACUCAGGUGAGCACAGUCUACAGUGCUGCAGUACAGAUGCACCCUGCUCGUCAGCAUGUGGUCUUCUAGAUGGAUGCAAAAAUGGAAUUAAGUGGUGGUGUUUGCAAAAGGAUAUACCUUAAAAUUACAUAAGCUCUUUUAUAAACUUUUCUUGAUUCAUAAAAAUGUGGUAUUUACAUUUGAGAACACAUGUAAAUAUAUGACAGAACAAUGAUUCAGGUAGGUGUAUGGAAAACAAAUCUGUUCAAUAAAAUGGACAAAUCUAA